CUAAUCGCUUUGCUGAUUCCACACGGUAAAGAAUAGCGUUAAUGGCAACUAGGGGUGACACAAGCUCCUUUCUAUUCUUACGAAGCUCCUCCCCGCUCGCGCAAUCGCGUUAGCGUGACGUAGUGAUUUCUAAUCACUAUUGUUACCUUUGCUCGGAGCUCAUCUAUAUAUCCCCACCUUUGUGCCAUUGAGCUUACCUAGAUGCCACUACCGCAACCACUUACAUCGCUACGGCUACAGAUAGCUUCUCGAACCCUGAUACCUCGUGUUCCACGACACCCGACGAAGCCUCACCCUCACGCCGCCUAUACGCGAAGCCUUCACGUCCUCCCCGACAUGGCCGACCAACGACCUAAUGGCCUCAAGGCUAACAAGGGUAUCGAGCUUCUCACUUGGGGCACUCCCAAUGGCGUGAAAGCUUCGAUCCUGCUCGAAGAGCUGAAGGAGGCAUAUGGAAAGGACUACACCUGGCAAGGUAUUAACAUUAGCCAGAACAUCCAGAAGGAGCCAUGGUUUACGAAGCUGGGUCCGAAUGGACGUAUCCCCGUCAUCGUGGAUCAUGAUAAUGGUGGGUUCGCUGUGCAGGAAGGCUUGGCUAUCCUUGCCUACCUUGCCCGUCACUACGACCUCGACCACAAGUUCAGCUUCACCGACCCUCUCGAUAUCUCUCGCGCUGAACAAUGGAUGGCCUGGCAGCACGGCGGUCUCGGACCAAUGCAAGGUCAGGCCAAUCACUUCAAUAGAGCCGCAAAAGAACGCAUCCCAUACGGCAUGCAGCGAUACACCGGCGAAACCGAGCGGCUAGUCGGAAUCCUCGACAACCACCUUAAGAACACCGAUUACCUAGUUGGUAACAAAUAUAGUAUCGCAGAUAUUGCUAGCUUUGGUUGGGUGAACGCGCUUCGGUUCUCUGGCGUAGACCUGGACGCUUUCCCAAAUCUGGAGGCUUGGUGGGUGCGGAUUCUUGCUCGACCCGCCGUUCAGAAGGGUAUCUCGAUUCCAUCGAGGAGUCCUUUCGGGAAUGAAGCGUAUCUACAAAGGCUGAAGGAUGACAAAGAGUUUGCGGACAAGGAGCAUUCACUCAUGGAUGCUAUUGCCAAGGCGAAAGAGCAGUAUGGCUACAAGUAUGCCUCUCCAUAAGCAGCUCUCGAGAUCCAGGCCUUGGUGAGAGAUGGCAUGACAAUGUAAAGUAUUUUCCGACUCAAGAAAUCCAAGUCACAGACCUGAUUAGAACAGACCACACUUGGUGUGAGGAAGUGCCCAAUGAGUGGCGCCGGGUGGUUCUCAGCCUCGAGGUUCCACUAGCGACAAGAAUAAAUGGCAUGUACCGUCGCAAUCGCCAAUUCAUAGGCC